AUGAUCCAGUUCGUGAAUGCGCAGCAAAACACUAAUGCUCAAACCAGUCAAGCCAUUCAGAAACUAGAAGCAACAACCAAUCAAGCCAUUCAAAGAUUGGAGGCGCAAGUUGUAACAGCCCUCAGAAGUGGUAAGGUCAUUGGUAACAAGGUGGGAAUUGAUGAGACAAGACAAACAUCUCUAGCUGAAGCCACAACUUCCAAGGUAAGUGAAAAAGAGAAGGUGACUGCACCACCCUUCCCCCAGAGGAAGUUUCAAGAUCAUGAAAAAGUGUUUUUAACAAGAGAGGUAAGCGCGGUGUUGUCGGGAAAGUUGCCACCAAAGAUUAAAGAUCCAGGCAAUUUCAUUAUUCCUUGCACAAUAGGUAAUCGGCUGAUUGAGCAUGCAUUAUUGGAUCUAGGAGCAGGUAUCAACCUAAUGCCGUAUACCAUGUAUGUGACAUUGGGUUUGGGGAAGUUGCAACCAACUUCAAUCACCUUACAAUUGGUAGACGGAAGUAUUAGAAGACCGAAAGGUAUCUUGGAGGAUGUCCUGGUUCAGGUGUUUGAAGGAAAAGGAAGCAUUUUUGGAAGUCUUGGACUUAAAAGCAAAUUGUGGGAAAAGCUGGAGCAGGAUUGA